AUGGCCAUGGCCAAGAUGACUGUUUCCUCGCAUAGUGACUUUGACCCGUUUGGAAACAUCUACACCAACGAUGUUCUUGACAUUCUCAAAGCGAGCCAACACAGGGCCAAAAAGAGAAAAUCAGAAGUGACUGUUGAACUUCUACUCACUGUCAUGUUCAAGACAAAUGCAUGGGACUCGUCGCUGUAUUUGAGAAAGCUAGUGGAAAGAAGCAGCUCCAGACACGAGUGCACCGACUUGAGUUUCUACAACGGGCUCAAGGCCCACGAAAAAUUGCAAAGAGGGCCAGGGUAUUCUCGAGAUGCUUUGAUUGCCCUUCGUAAGGCUAACGGCAUUCGCAUCGAGUACGGCGACUCCUAUAUUGGAAUGUUCCACUUGCUCCUUUCCGUACUAGGCACUCAUUUAUGGCCCAAGGACACCAAGGGCAAUGAGAGUUACGCAAAAGCAGUAAAAUCUGUGGCUGUCAGCAUGAAAAACGGCCACAAAAUAUCGUCGAGAACAGCAGACUGCUCUUCUUAUGGCUACAUAGUCAAGCACUGUGAAGACUUGACAGAGCAAAUACGGCAAGGCGAAGUCAAACCUGCAUUGGCAAGAGAAGACGAUAUUCGGCGAUUUGUUGGCGUGCUUUGCAAACGGGCACGAUCCAGUAUCGUUCUAGUCAACGGAUGCAGUUUUCUGAAGCUCUCUUUGGUUCAUGGAGCAGUGAAGCGAAUCAUCGAGUGUGGACCGCCUCAUUUGCAAGAUUGCAAGUUUAUUUCCUUGAAUGCAAUCUCGCUAGAGUACCAUACCCGCAACCUAUGGGGGUUUGAAGAUGGGUUUAACGACGUUUUGGACUACUUGAGACGAUCCGAGUGCAAGGUGAUUCUUUUCGUUGAAGGAGUACAUUGUAUUACCAGCAACAGAGCCACUGCAGUUCUGUUCAGAAAUGCCAUAGCAAGUGGGCAAUUGCAAUGUAUCUGCACCACCACGCCUGCCGAAUUUCACAGUGAAAUGGAUUCCGACUGUAUUUUUGAAAACUACUUCCAAAGAGUCGACAUUGCUGAUGUCACUGUGAGUGAAACACUAACUCUCUUGCGACACAAAAGAAGCUUCUACGAAAAAAGCCACAGCGUGCGUAUUUUGGACUCAACGUUAGUUGCUGCCGCCCACUUGGCUGCCCGAUACAUUUCCAGCAGCAAAAUGCCGCUUUCUGCCAUGGAUUUGGUGGAUGAGGCCGCAGCAAGUUUUGCUAUCAAGCAGGCGUUCAAGCCCAAGGAUAUAGCGAUACUUGAUGAACGGUUGCGGAUGCUUGAAGUUGAGACGGAAACUUUGAAGAAAGACAUUGACGUUGACUACACAUCACGAGAACGGUUAGAGACUGUUCGCAAGCAAAAGACGGAUUUGGAAAGCACUCUCACAGCUUCAAGAGAGGAGUAUUACCAAGACGGAGAUAUACGAAGGUCGAUGGCCGAAAAUGAAUUUGAUAGCAUGUUUGACACGGGGUGCAUGGAAACAGCCAAGGUAGCGAAAAAGACAUUGGUGAAACGUGUUGUUCGGCCCGACGCAGUGUUUCAAAUAAUAUCGCUGAUGCUAGGCAUCUCGCCUGAUCUUUUAGAGUUCUGA